CCAGCUCUCGCUCUGCCUUCUGGGAUACUGGAGGACCGAGCAGUGAUGGUGGUUCUCUCUGGGAUUUGGCUCCUUUUCGCUCACUUUGCGUUUUCAGCGGCGAUUUACGAGGACCAAGUCGGGAAAUUCGACUGGCGACGCCAAUAUGUUGGAAAGCCUCGGUUUGCACAUUUUGAUGCACCUACACAGAACUCAAGGAAACUCAUGGUUGCAACAGAGAAUAACGUGAUUGCUUCUCUCAACUUGAGGAAUGGGGAGAUCAUCUGGCGCCAGGUGGAUAAAGAAGGCCCUGAGGGAAAUGUGGAUCUGAUGUUAUUCAAUGGACAAGAUGCACUGACUGUGUCUGGAGGAGGGCGAUUGCUGCGCUCAUGGGAUACAAACAUUGGUGGCUUGAACUGGGAGUUCCUGCUCGAAACUGGCAGUUUUCAGGCAGGUUGCCUUGUCGGCUCUGCUGAAGGAGUCAGGUACAUUGCCAUUCUGAAGAAAACAUCUAUUUCACUCCAUUUUCUCUCGAAUGGACAUCAGAAAUGGAGUGAAGCUUUACCAGAAAGUGAGAAGGUCCAAUAUCAGCUCCUAUAUUCGGGAGGAAGUGGCACAGUGUACCUAGUGGGAACAGUUGCUGGCUCUCACCUUGUCAUCAUUCGCUAUGACAUUGACGAUGGAAAAAUCAUCGAACAGGUGACUAUAUCAGCCCCAUGGAUCCAACGUUUGCGGGAUCUUUGUGGAGUUGUUGGGGAUGGGAUCUUGACAUGCAUAGACACCAAAUCUCACUGCCUUUGGAUAUUGCCAUUGGAAUCUGACCAAGAACCUGAGCAAGUCAUUUUACAGUCUCUAGAGCUGGAACUAGCUGAAGGGUUUGAGGGAAAGAUUUUAACAACUCAGUCAUCUCCACUGGUGGCCUCGUCUUCUCAAUUCUGCCUUCAGUUGUCGGAGACCCAUUAUGCAUUAUUACAGCUGCAUGAGGGAAUGGUCAGCCUGCUACGUGACUUUGUACAGGCUGUGUUAGUAUCCUUUGCUACAACUGGUGACAAGGUGGUGGCGGCUGUGAUGACUGCUAGAAACAAAACAGCUUUUAGUGUCAAUCUGUACUCAGCAGAGUAUGGCAGGCGGCUACUGGACACAGCCAUGAACUUUAAUCUGGAUCCAAACUGUGGCCAACCUGAGCAGCUCUAUAUUCAUGCAUUCCAGAAGAAAGAUGACUCUGUCGGCUACCGUGCACUGGUACAGACUCUUGACCGUGCGUUGAUCUUCAUCCAGCAACCAGGUCGAAUUAUUUGGACACGGGAAGAGGCAUUAGCAGAAGUUGUUACCAUGGAGAUGGUCGAUUUGCCUCUAACAGGAACACAGGCAGAACUGGAGGGUGAAUUUGGGAAGAAAGCAGAUGGUCCGAUGGGAAUGUUCAUGAAGCGAUUGUCCUCUCAGCUGAUCCUGCUGCAAGCCUGGAGCUACCAGCUACUCAAAAUGUUCUAUGAUGCACGUAAACCUCGCAGCCACUCAAAGAAUGAAAUAACAAUAGAGAACCUGGCCCGAGAUGAGUUUAACCUGCAGAAGAUGAUGGUGAUGGUGACAGCAUCUGGAAAGCUCUUUGGAAUCGACAGUAGCUCUGGGACCAUUUUGUGGAAGCAAUACUUUGAGAAUGUGAAACCAGGAUCCUCCUUCAAACUGGCUGUGCAGCGAACAACUGCUCACUUCCCCCACCCACCACAGUGUACCCUGAUCAUCAAGGACAAGGAAACCAGACUCAGUUCUCUUCAUGUUUUCAACCCGAUCUUUGGAAAGCGGAGUCAUGUGAAUCCACCCCUGUUAACCCGACCUAUUCUUCAGUCUUUGUUACUUCCGAUUAUGGACCAAGAUUAUGCUAAGGCCCUGCUCCUGAUUGACGAUGAGCUCAAGGUGACUGUCUUUCCCUCCAGUAGAAACAUCCUGCAGCAACUCCAGGACUCUGCACCCGUGAUUUUUUUCUACCUGGUGGAUCCUGUUUGGGGGAAGUUGAAUGGAUUCCGUCUACACAAGGAUCUUAGGACGGAGGAAAUCUGGGAGGUGGUGAUUCCGACAGACACACAAAAAAUAGUGAUUGUGAAAGGAAAGCGGUCGAAUGAGCAUGUGCACUCACAGGGCCGGGUCAUGGGAGAUCGCAGUGUCCUGUACAAGUAUCUCAACCCCAACUUGCUGGCAGUGGUUACUGAGAGCAUUGAUACUCACCAUGAACGCACCUUCAUCUGUAUCUACCUUAUUGACGGGGUGACAGGACGAAUCAUCCACGAAUCUGUGCAGCGGAAAGCAAGGGGGCCAGUUUACGUUGUGCACUCGGAGAACUGGGUGGUGUACCAGUACUGGAACACAAAGUCCCGAAGGAAUGAAAUGACUGUUUUGGAAUUGUACGAGGGAACAGAGCAAUACAACAGCACAGCAUUCAGUUCACUCGAUCGUCCCUUCUCUCCCAUCGUCUUUCAGCAGUCCUACAUCUUCCCGUCAGCCAUCAGUCUGGUGGAAGCUACAAUCACAGAGAAAGGGAUCACCAGCCGCCACCUGCUGAUUGGACUGCACUCUGGAGGAAUUCUUUCUUUGCCAAAAGCAUUUCUGGAUCCUCGACGCCCAGAGGUUCCAUCUGAGCAAAGCCGGGAGGAGAACUUAAUUCCAUACGCUCCAGAACUCCCAAUCCGAUCAGAGUGGUACAUCAACUACAAUCAGUCUGUUUCCAGAGUACGGGGAAUCUACACAGCUCCUUCUGGUCUGGAGUCCACAUGCUUGGUUGUUGUCUACGGACUGGACAUCUUCCAGACUCGAGUUUAUCCAUCAAAGCAAUUUGAUGUUCUAAAGGAUGAUUAUGAUUAUGUGCUCAUCAGCAGCGUCCUCUUUGGGUUGGUUUUUACAACCAUGAUCACAAAGCGCCUUGCCCAGGUGAAGCUCCUGAACCGAGCUUGGCGAUAGAUACCAUCGGCACAGAAGAGAGUAGUUGUCUUGUAGAGAGGAACAGAAGAUGGGUGCAACCUUAUCAGGGACCCCGGUGGAGUUGAUGCUCUUAUGCCCAUGUACAUACUAUGUAUAUUUUUUGUAACAGUCUCAUUAUGAGAAGCAGAUUGAUGGACACUUUCAUGAGUAGAUUUUUUUUAAAAAAAUUGGUUUCAUUGCUGUAAAAAAAAAAUAAUUGAAGCAUUUCUAUUGAUCAGAAAUUUUUUUGAGGUGAAAGAUAUUUUUGUUCAUGCAGAGCUUGGAGCAAAAACGGGAGCUGUUGAAAGUGAGAUGUUAUGAUUAAUAGCAAAGCUGAAUUUGAAAGUUUCCCACUGCUGCGCUUUAAAUCUUUAGCUUUUGUUGUGUUUAUGGAGCUAGUUGAUAUUUGAAAAUACAACAUGGAUGUUGCAUCUGGCUCAGGUUCCCCUUUAAACACAAGUGCCAGAGACUAGUUACAUUGCCAGAAUAUCGGACGGAAAACUUGGUCUUGUAUACAGUUUAAAUUGUCCGGCGUUCUGGUGUUCCUUUUGGUCUGAUGCUCCAUUGUGAGACAGGUUUAGAAAUUGUUUUGAAAGAGCUUGUCUGCAAUGCUAAAGCACUGCCACCAGAUGUUGCUAGACUAUUUUUUUUGUCUGGAUAUGCACUGGAUUCAUAAGGAGGUAGGAGAGUAUACUACAUUUUCCAUCUUUGGGCAUUAUCUUCAGUCCCAACACUUCUAAAUGGACAGUACAUUAUUGACUUGGCAUCUUUUAUUUUUAAUGCCAUGAUUAUGUUAUCUUCUCUCCAAGUAAUGAACAAUCCCACUUUACGAUGUUACAUGUUGAUGGUUUUUGUGAGGAGUGGUUGAUAGUGGAUUGCUGAUUGAUUACUUACAUGAAUUUGAAAUAGUUGCUGUUAAUUGUUUUGAUUGAAAUCCUGAAGCUUGUGUAGGGUGAGUGUGCAUGUACCUUCAGUGUCACCCGACAAAUGCCUUGAAAUACAAAAAAAUUCUGAAAAAUUUAACAGUUGCAACUUGCAAGUGUCCCAUAGGAAUAGAAGAUUUUGCCUGUUUCUGAUUUUAAGUUAUGGAUGUUUGAUACUUAACUCCUUAAAAACCUUGACAGGAUUUUAGAGCCAAUUUAGAAUGUGCAAUGGAUGAAUGAGUGAACAGGAUUAAAGCCUGAUCUCUGUGAAUAGCUGAGAUUCUAAUCAUGUGCCCAAGUUUCAGCAUUGUGUUGCAGGAAAGGGAGGCUAAGAAUGAGGGUACUAAGCUUUUCCUGAUUAGUUACAUGUCUUCUCUCCCAUUCCUGUAAUUCAAGGAUAGCCACAUCAAAAACAUUGAUACUUGAAACUGAUACAUUGAAAUUUGUUAAAUAGUGAGUACUAAUUUAUGUUUCAUGGGUUGUUUUGGAAACCACUAAAUAAAAUGUUACUGCAACAUUCAA